UAAUGAAUUCUUGCAUCAGCAAUGGUCUGGAAUGCAGGGACAAUCUAAGUGACGAGUCUCCAUACGCGGAGUUUAACCGGGAAAUCAUCACAUGUGAAGGUACAAAUGGACUCGUUUUACCUUUCCCACAGCCGCCCCAACCGUCUCAACAGUCCUCACCGAAGGAAACCACUCUUCACACACGAUUAUUGGAGGAUACAAGUGGUUUUCACGAACACCGUAUCCAGGCUAUCAAGAGUCAGGGGAAGCUUCAGUCGCAGGAUCCGACGCUACGCAAUGCCAAACUCGGUUACAAAGUAGAGUCACUGCUGAAUCGCAUGUCGAAUUGGACUAGAAUCAAAAAGAAAAGCGAGGCUGAUACUCCAAGAUCCCUAGCUGAGAGUUACGGGAAGCGUGGUCACGUAAUUGGAUACGGUGCCUUUGGUACUGUACGCAUUGCCUGCAAGCUGGAUGCUGAAGACCCUACACGCACCCGACUUUUCGCAGUGAAGGAGUUCAAGCAGCGUUCCCGGGACUCGCUUAUUGAGCAUAAAAAACGUGUCAUUUCGGAAUACUCCAUUUCGUCCUCGAUGUACCACCCACACGUGGUUACUACGCUUGACCUUCUUCAAAGCACUAAAGGUGCAUCUUGUCAGGUCAUGGAAUAUUGCUCUGGUGGGGAUUUGUACUCAUUCGUCCUCUCAGUUGGGCAGCUUGAAAUGGUGGAAGCUAAUUGCUUCUUCAAGCAGCUGCUGCAGGGUGUUGAGUACUUACACGAAAUGGGUGUGGCACAUCGCGACCUUAAGCUAGAGAACAUUCUCCUUACCCAGCGCGGAAAAGUCAAGAUAGCCGACUUUGGCAAUGCAGAAUGUUUCCGCAUGGCUUGGGAGACAGAGGUCCACAUGAUUUCUGGGGUUUGUGGCUCUAGGCCAUAUAUUGCUCCUGAAGAGUAUGUGGAUAAGCAAUUCGAUGGCCGUGCAGUCGAUAUAUGGGCUUGCGGAAUGAUAUACAUGUCUAUGAGAACUGGAUAUCAUAUUUGGCAGACGUCACAAAAGGGAAGAGACAAAGCUUUUGAGCAAUAUGUCCAGGAUCGCAAAAAGGAAACGGGUUACAAGCCAAUCGAGCAGUUGGAAACAAUUGAAUGCCGAAACGUCGUUUACUCGGCGCUUGAUCCAACUCCCGCACGUCGUCUUACCGCCCAGCAAAUCCUGCUGUCAGAAUGGGUUAGAAAGAUUGAAGUCUGCGAUGCAGGCAACGAAGGACUGGACGUAUGCUAAGUGGCACAAUAUGACU